GAUGCCAAAUAGUUUGUCAAAAUUCUUCGCUGUAACGGCCGAAAAAAUGUUAGCCACUGGAAAAUCUGUUAUCCUCCAAGAAUAUCAACGGAGCAGCACCCCAACAAUAGUUGCAGCAGGGAGUAAUAAAAUAUUUCAACAACAACUCGAGGAACACGUGGAUUCAGUGCAAUAAGAUACGAAAAAAUGACAAGUCAUCUGUUACCGCCGCUAUCUAGACGGCGAGCACUGCUUGGUACUACUGUGAUACAGCCCGAUAUCUGCAGGCACCAGAGACAAAUGUAAGGCGUAUUUCGAAACAAGUGAGAUGGAGUGCUUGGGGAAAAAGCUCGUGAAAAGGGGAUGUGACAUUGUGAAGUGUAACGGCGGCGAAAUGAAUCUUCAGUUCGACAUGCGGAAAGGGGAUCUGAAGAUAUUUUAACGGUCUUCUCCUGCAACGACUUUUGGGUUUUUAUUUUUAGAUCGCAGCAGCUCCAUUGGGCGCACUAAUGUGAUAUGCGAAAUAAACUAAACGCGACCGAGUGCGCGGCUCUGCGGGAGGAGGUCGACUUCACCGACACCCACCUGUUGAUAUCGUUAUCAGUGCUUGCUCUCAUCAUCGUCAUGGUCAUCAUAGGCAACUGCCUGGUCAUCGCAGCUGUCUAUUGCUCCUCCAAAUUGAGGUCGGUCACCAACUUCUUCAUCGUGUCACUGGCAGUAGCGGACCUUAUGGUGGGAGUUGCCGUGCUGCCUUUCUCCGCCACCUGGGAGGUCUUCAAGGUGUGGAUAUUCGGAGACAUAUGGUGUCAAAUGUGGCUUGCUGUAGAUGUGUGGAUGUGUACUGCAUCCAUUCUCAAUCUGUGUGCCAUCUCAUUAGACAGGUACCUUGCUGUGACUAGGCCGAUAACGUACCCAAGCAUCUUGACGCAUGCUAGAGCGAAACUGCUGAUAGCGGGUCUAUGGAUACUCAGCUUUGUCAUCUGCUUCCCGCCAUUAGUAGGAUGGAAAGAUCCUAAGGUGAGCAUAACAGCUAUUAUCUCUGGAGUAAGUGAGUUCUGUUUGACGAGCUCAGACACCCGGUAAACUUUCAGC